AUGGCGCAGGUCCCAGAGCUCACAGAGCCACACUCGAACGUCCACAUCGACUUCGAAACCUCCACCGACUCCGAGACUGACUGGUCCGAUUCCGACUCGGAGGAGAAACCCACCAAGGUAAGCCUACGACUCGACACUACAGACAUAUCAGCUACUAACACAUCCCACUCCAGCCCUUCCGCCUCCUCGACCUCCCACAGGAGGUCUGGACCCGCAUCGGCAAGUACGCUAUCCAGAACACUCGCUCUCCGCCGCGAACUCCUCCCCCACUUCUACCAGACUCGAGUCUCGAUCAUGUGCGAGAACGUGGACAGCGAGCGGAGGCUGAGGAAUGUAGGUGCCUGGCUGACCGCCGUGAAGAAGGAGCACCGACCACACAUCCGUGGCGUGCAGGUGAGGACGAAGGAGUGGCAACCAGAUGAGAGCUAUGCGGAGGAGGCGUGGGCGUGGGCAUGGGCCGUGUGGGUUUGGAUGGGGAAGUAUGGGCUGGAAAUGGAGCCUGAGGAUGGCGAGGUGUGCGAGCGGGAUGAGAAGGACAUGGUGUGGAAUAUCAAGUUCUUGUAA